AUGGUUCGGGAUUAACAUGUUCGUCUCGUUUAACUAUCAACCACCAUCUCGUCUAUCUUACCCUGCCCUUACAUCCCCCCACGCCUAUACUUCUGGCUUCCACCUACACGAGACAACACAUCUUCACCAUGGCACCACGUUCCUUCCAACACCUUACUGUCAUAUUCUGUUAUCUUUUGGUUGCGAGUUCGGAGGGCGCCUUGGCUUCACCUUUACGCCUACAAGACGAUCCAAACCGAACAACCCACGAUGCCCGUAUCGCCCUCAUAUCUUCCUAUAUUGAUAAUGCCCUUUUGUCUAUCUCUCCUGGAUCUUCAGAGAGCCUUACUGAUGCCCUCAAUUCGACACGAAGGGCUAUCUCUGACGGCGUUAUCACCUCUCCAGCACUCUCGGAUGCCGAAACUCAGUAUUCGCAGACCAUGAUAUCAAACUCUCAGGACGAUACUCGGACGCCGUCACCAACUCCCACGUCGGAUGCGCAAACCGCGGAGCCAACAAGCACAUCAUCGCCUAGCCAGGAUCGGACGGAGGACUCUGCAUCUGCAUCUCCAAGUGCCUCGAGUUACUUGUGGGACGUGCCAAGCUAUACCGACUCGCCCAGUCUGACUGCCACGCUGCAAGAUGCGGCGAGUAGCGUCGAUUUCGUGUCCAACUCCAUACCAACACCUACUAGGACCAGCCCGAUUCAAGUAGGACCAGGCCUGGUAAUCGUCCCAACCUCAGUAUCUUCGAUCGAGCAGCAGCUCGACCUUGGGACAACUACGUCUCUUUCUGCUACUUCCGACUUUUCAUCCUCAGUUCCUGUCAAUCCUUUGCACACAAAAACGCCGCAGACGUCGCCUAAACACUAUCAUGUUCCGGUCCACCGGCUAGUCGUCCUUGUCAUUGGGUUCUUCAGUUUGAUCGCUCUAGUUGUCCUUGUCUAUUUCGUAGCAAGCAGGCCGUCUCUCAAAAAAUGGUUAAAUCGAGUACGAGGCAUCAAAAAAGGGAAAGUAGUACGGUGGGACGACGUUGUUGAACAAGAUAGCUUGACCGAGGCGACAGAAAAGGGGAACCACGAGUCUUCCUUCAGCUUCUGCGUCACGCCGCCGACGCCGGAGGCACCUCGCAAGGCAAAGCCGGUGCCUACGGUAAAAUUGCCAUGGUUGACGCUUCCUUUGCAGACGGUUCGCAGUAAUGGCACCAAUCGAUCUUCGUUGGAAGUGGCUGCUCUCAAUGGUGGUCUUUCGAGGAGCCGAUGGUCGGUUUGCUCCUCGAGGAGCACUUGGGGCACUUUCUCUGCUCGCUCUUCUGAAUCCUCAGGGUCGUGGUACAGCGACGACGAGUCGGUGCCGGAGAGAAAGAGUGUGCCUUUGCUUUCUCCGGAGGUGUUCUUUACGCUUCCUUCGGGGCAUUCUGAGUCUGGGAACUCGAGACGGUCAAGCGCGCCUGUUGACUGCCGGACCAGCAAGGUUGUUGGCAAAGAUGUCAAUGAAGGGGGAAGAGGGCGAUCGAAGUCUGUAGGAUUUUUGACGGGUUUAUCAUGGUGACCGGUGUUCGUAUGUUUGUUUCUUUAGGGUAUCUUGAUUGGUGUAUCGUAGUGUAUCCUGAUAGCGAGUAGCGUUUCUCCGUUCACAUACCAGUAUUGGCGAUAUUUCCGUUUAAACACCAGGGAAUUAACGUAAUGUGGAGCG